AUGGCACAACCUAAAGGUAUGAAUAUGACUAGUGCCGUUAAUGAUGAUGGUUAUGUGGUAUUAUCAACAUCAAUCUACCAACUUUUCGGAUACCCAACAGUUGAUUAUUUUGAGCAAGUUGGCGAUGCGCAGGCUCUACUACGCUACUUGUUUGCCGGUUAUGACCCGAUACCAUCAACAUGUGCAUCGAGAGUCGUGUGCGCAACAGCAAGCCUGUUCACCCUUUCUGGAGAAAUUCUGGAGCUCAAAGUUACCAACCAUGUGUACGAUUUGUGUCGCCGCCAUCAAGGAGUCACGCAAAAGCAAGUUCAUCAACUUUGGCCUGGCUCUCGUCAAACGCAAGCAUAA